GCUCUCGCUGGGUUGCCGCGCUGUGCUUGGAAAGAAACCCACAAACCUAACAAAACAGAGUAGCAAGCCGAUAGAGGAGGGGAAAAAGCUGCAGAGAUGGUUGCUCCUACCCAAAUAGCUGAUCACAGUGAAGUCAUUCAUCCACCACACGAUCUGAAUGCCAAAUGGGACGCUUGCCUUGAUUUUUCUAUCCGUCGCUUCCUCCAUUCUUCGUUAGCCGGUGCCUUUGGUGGUCUCCUCUUUUUCAGGAGUCCUGGGACUCGCUGGGCAUCAUUAGCUUUUGGUGCUGGAGUGGGAAUCGGAUCUGCAUAUGCAGAAUGUUCUUAUCUGUUCAAUGGAUCAUCUACCAAGCUAGUGUUGCCUAAGAUCUCAGAUCAGUGCACCCAAAAGAAAAUGUUAGCGCAAGGAACCACGGACUUGUGCUUGCCUCACACUUCAUUUGCAAAGGACAUUCAUGUGAGGGGGUUUGGUAGAGAUAUUUAUGUAGCCAUUGUUGAUGUCGUUUCUAAUAUCUUGCGCUUGUGAAGUGCAUCUUUCAAAGGAUUGUCAUUAUUCAUUUUAUAGUCAAACUGAAUUGAUAAAAAUAAUGUAUUAAGUAUAUUAGACUUGUACAUUUAGUUUGCUUUUCUGGCUAUCACCAAUCAUUAGAACCAAAGACAACAGUGAGGCAAGCUUUUAUUUAUUUAUUAUUAUUUUACAACACGGUGAGGCAAGUUUUUCAUUACAUUUCUUUCCUCUCUAUUUAAGCUCUUUUUUGUCAAUUACAUCCUAACCUCCUCCGAACUACUAAACAUAGACCUAUGAAAAUGCCUUCUUUUAUCGACUGAUAAAAAUUUAAUUUUCUCAUCAUUUAGCUUGCACGUGACAUUUUCUUUAUGCAUGUCCUUGAUUCUGUGUAUUCUAAAAUUUUGUCAUGUUUUUACUUGGUGGGCAAUGGAUCCUGUGCUUGUCACAAGCUAACAACCAGUGCCCUCUCGCAGUAAUUUGGAAAUUACGUUUAAGGGCUCAGAUCUUGAAAAGUUAGUUAUGCGAUCCUAAAAAUCAUAAUUAUUUUUAAGGAUUAAAGUCAAUAAGUUUUAUGGGACUUAUAAUUAAGUUUUAGGAAAAUCUAUAUCUAUCUGUAUAUCAUAUAAAUCUAGAGCAAGUUGCAUGUUCAUUUGACAUGAAUAGUAUGACUUACGUGGAGCUUAUUUGUGUCCCAUUCUAGUUAUUACUAAAUUUUAAGAAUGUUACAGUUCUAAGUACUAGUGUGGAUGUUGUGUGUUAUAACUCGUAAGGAGUUUGAAAAAAUGAUUCAUAGCUCAUGAAGGAUGCGAUUUGUUGUUUCAUUGCAUAUAUAUUUUCUUAAGAUUUAGUAAUUUUUCAUUGUACAAUGGCAUUGUACAAUCCAUAUAGCCGACCCCAUUUAGUAGGAUAAAGCUUAUUGCUGCUGCUGCUGUUGUUUAGUAAUUUUUCUUAAAGCCUUUCCUAAAAGCUGAUAAUAGUGUUGGUCGUUCCAAAUAAUGACAUAUUUUAAUGUUGUUUAGCUCAAUGUUGUUAUGAUCUGAGUUCUUAGAGCUAUUAUUUUUCCAAUACAAAAGAUGAAAAAAAGAUCGAUUAUCGAAUAUUCAUUGUUUGGGGAACCAACCAGCCAAUGUCAGACUGAUAAUUUAGCUCAUU